CUCUCCUCGCUGAGGGCCCGCGGGGGAAGCGGCCGCGGGUUAGGCUGGGUCUCUCCGGGCCGCAGCUGAGAGGGGUGGCCGCGUUUGUUGGCCGUCAGAGCGGCCGGUAGCCGGUGCUAGGGGCCCGGUGAAAGUGGAGGGCUAACGUGGAGGGCUUGUGGGGCAGGGCAGGGCAGGGGGGUUUGCUGGUGCCCGGCGGUUCAUGGCGUUCCAGGCUUUGUGCUGCAAACGCGGGGUGCUCCAGGGGGAAAGUGAGGGUGGGCAGAGUGCGUCGGUGGAUAUAAAGGAGCAAUAUAAAGUGGUUAAACGGUAAAGUUGCUGCAUGAGAUGCAGAAGCAAGAGAAAAAUCCCACAACCUGGGCCCUCUCCUUGUUCCAUGUCAUAAAAUUUACUUCUCCGUGCUUGGUUUUCUGUGUUCUGUGAGGUUAUGGAGGAAGAAAUGACAAAAUAUUGACUAUUACAACAAAUCUUUCAUAUAGAGCAGUUUUUAAUAAGAACACGCAACUUCCCAACAGUUCUCUUGGCUUGAACGGCUGUUUGUUACCUUGAGAUAGUAGAAAAGAAAGCUCUGGAGAGGUCUCGGUGAGCUGGCACCCUUUGUUUCUCUAAAGGUUUCAUCUUCUGGACAGGUACAAAGAGAUAUUCGUUCAAAUGCUUCACAAAGUGAGAUACACCAUUCUCCAGGUUUACAUGUCCAACCAGUAUUAAACACAAUGCAAAUAUGACAGGGAUUAUAUUAACAUUAUUGUGGUGGCUGAUAGGCUUGCGGUGUUUCUGGUAAUGUUUGUCACUGAGUCUGAACAGAAAAGUACUUGUUACAUGGAAAAAUGCAGCAGCUUAAGGGGUCUGACCAUAAGUUUUUCAAGUUCAAAGGUGUUUUUAUAGAGGUUCUAUAACUGAAACUCAAGAAUGAAGGGGCAGCAGCACUUGGCCUGGAGUUUCAAAGGGGAAGGAAUUCACUACAAGCAUAUAAUGUUCCAUAACAUGCCCCAGUGGCACAGCAGCAUCCCAGGUCAGGGUGUGUUUGACCAGGAGGCUGGGCAGUGUGAAGGGAGCAGAACAGCCUGCAACCCAGAGGUUGUGUCUCUGCCAGACUGGUUAUAAAGCACAGCACGAACUAAAUGAUUGUUGGUACACAGAUGUAUUCAUAGAGGUCCCAUGACAAAGCCUAACUGUAUCUUUCAGUCUAGUUUAAACCACCAAAUCUGAGUUUAAACCAGAUUAGCAACCAGAAUGUGUCUUCCAGCCCCACUAAAAAACAUUUACUGUGUUAAUCUUUUUGCCUUGCUUCUUACUCCCCUAAAAAAAUUAGGAAGCUGCAGGAGUAGUUAUUUGUUAUACUUCCACCCCCCCCAAACAAGCUAAUUUUCAUGUUUCUUUAUGACAAUGUAAGCCUGAAUUCAGGCUUACAGAAUUCCAGAAGGACUGACUCCUGGUUAAAGCAUGAAUGCUUCAGAGCACUGAAAAUUAGAAUGGGAUGAAAAGUAUUCUUAACUGUUAAUUUCUGAGUUUAACAGACACGACUCAGCCUAAAAGCCAGUGCGUGGCUCCAAGAUUGAAAAAAGAGACAUAAAUAAAUAAAGAAAACAACACCUUUUCAUUCCCCCCAAGCACCAGUGCAUUUUCUGUGUUUGAAGAACUUAAUUUAGGAGAGUUGAAAUAGGGUUUGCAGUACCUCAGCACCUGCUUAGCACUGUGUAAUUUUCCUGAGCUGGAAGAAACUUUCAAUCUUGAUGAGAAAAACUUACCUUAGGACAUUACGAAACGUCUCAUUGAUAUACAUACUUGGUCAUUGCCGAAAUGCAUACAGAGGUAAUAAUUAAGUGUGCUCUCAGCCUAAAAGUAACAGUAAAUAAUUCUCUUGAGCCUGUGAUAUGUAUUAACAUGUCAUAUACAAUUAUAGUGGGAAUGUGUGUGUUUGGGGAAAGAAAAAAAGAGUAGGUCUUGUCUUUUUUUGAGAUCAGUGUGGGAGAAUAUUUGGUUAUAUUGAGGAGACCUUUCUCUUUACGUUGUAGAGUAGCUUAAAUGGAAGUCUUCAGUGUUGCAGAAGAUACAAGAGGUACUUUUAGAAAGCAAAAAAGUCAUAAAAGUAUUUUGCAGGAGGCUUUCCCAUUUAAUGGCCGGUAGUUGUCAUCUCUGAGAGCUCUUGAGUUUUUCAGCAUCUGCUGGAAAAGUGUCGCAAAGAUUGAAAUGUAGUGGGACGAGGGUUACAUGCAAGGGCCUUGACUUCCCUUACUGAGCCUGUUCAGCGAAGUGCUGUUUGCAUAAUGUUCCUGCUAAAGUUUUCACAAUUUCUAUGUUUCUGUGGUGUUAAAGGAGGAUACGAUUUUUUACUUGAGGUGUUUCAAGUAGUAGCAGAGAUUGACCACACCACAGUGAUACAGGUUGUGUAUCACUGUGCUGUGUUGUGGUUUUGUAUGAUUGCCUUGUGGCAAAUGAUGGCCUCUCAAAUACCACACUGUUUCAGUGCAGCGUGGCACUAAUGCCAGAAAUAUUUACAGCUGUGAAUCAUUUUUCUCACAAAAGUUGCAAGUUAGUUUUGCAUUGAAGGUUUGCAAGGUCUUUGUUUAAUUUUGCUGCUUCUCAAUACAAAAUUAAACUGGCAAAGAUAGAUAGGCAUGUUUGUCCCUCUGUGCUAACUACAGCAAGCGCUGGCGGCGCAAGAGCAAUCCUGCCUCUGGCCUGACCCUGGCAGAAAAGCACUGUUGUUACAGUCACAUUUUAAGAUAGUGUGUUGCAUAAGUCGUUUUUGUAAGCAUGCACAAGGACAGAAGUAGAGGCCUUCACAAUCUGUCUGAUUUCGCCGAGUUAUUAUCAAAGAUUAUGUCCACUGUGCUAAGUGCUGUUAUUAAAAGUAACUUAAAACUUAUCUUUUUAAACAGAUACAUUCCUUUUGUGUCUUUCAGAAUAUCUGCUGACUAGUGCCAAAGAUUUAAUUGUCUUUUACUUCUGCUAGUCCUCAGGCCAGCAGAGUUGGGACAGUACCAGUGUUUUCUCUUGCAAAAGAAGUGUUGAUGAAUUUUAUAGUUGCAGAUUGCUCAAUGCAAUGGGAUUACACUGCUAUUAUUGAGGGUCUAAUUGCGUCAGCUGCAACUCCAUACUGUGUGAGGAAGGCCUUAAUUUCAGAAUAGAGACUGAGUUUCUCACGCUGGAAUAAGUGAAAGGCAAAAUCAACAUACUUUUAAAACUUAACUCAUUCAAUGAGGCAUCCUUAAAAGGGAGUUUUGGGUUGACCUUUUCUAUUAGUUUACAUUAAAAACAUAAAGAACAGUUUCUUGUUGGACUAAAUCCAUUCUUAAUGAAAAAAAUUGUAUUUUACUUUGACAUGGAAUUACUUUCUCUACUUCUGUCUGCAAGGCUUGCUUGGUAUUGUUUUAACAAAGAAUGGCAUUCCUUUGUUUCUAAUACAAGUAGUAUAGUUUUCUCUUUCCUUUUUGUUGUCUUCCCCCUUUCGGGUAGCAAAGCCAGGGGGAAGCAGGGGUUGUCUAUUCUUUAAUGAGUGAACUAUGCAGAACAAAGCUUAUUUUACUGCUGUGGCUACUGCUUCUGACAUAGGUCAUUUAUUUUGCAGGCAUGCUUCUUGCUUCGCGAAGCUUCUGUUGCCUUGGCAUUAGAACAUACCAACUACAAACAGAUUUGCUUUCUAGAUCCAUCAAACUUUCAGCCUCUGCAACAAUGGCCUUCAGACACAAAAACGCAAGACGAAUUGAAGGCCUUGAUAGCAACAUUUGGGUUGAAUUGACAAAGGUGGCAGCAGAUCCCUCAAUUGUUAAUCUUGGUCAAGGCCUUCCUGAUAUAUCCCCUCCCAGCUAUGUUAAAGAAGGGCUGGCAAAGGCAUCAGCAGUUGACAGACUGAACCAGUACACACGAGGCUUUGGACAUCCGUCACUGGUGAAAGCCUUGUCUCAAGUGUAUGAGAGAGUUUGUGGAAGAAAGAUUGAUCCUCUCACAGACAUCCUGGUGACCGUGGGAGCUUAUGGGUCUCUCUUUAGUACAAUACAGGCAUUAAUUGAAGAGGGAGAUGAAGUAAUAAUAAUAGAGCCAUUUUAUGACUGUUAUGAACCAAUGGUGAGGAUGGCGGGUGCAAAACCUGUUUUUAUCCCCCUGAGAUAUAAAAAUAGUGGAAACUCUGCAUCUAGUGCUGAUUGGGUCUUAGAUCCUGCUGAACUUGCAAAUAAAUUCAAUCCCAAAACAAAAGCAAUUAUUCUGAAUACUCCACACAACCCUAUAGGCAAGGUGUUUACCAGGGAAGAGCUCCAAGUAAUAGCUGAUCUCUGUAUUAAACAUGAUACUCUCUGCAUCAGUGAUGAGGUGUAUGAAUGGCUGGUGUAUAAAGGAAACCAACACACUAAAAUAGCUACCUUGCCAGGUAUGUGGGAAAGAACAAUAACUAUAGGAAGUGCUGGAAAAACAUACAGUGUAACUGGCUGGAAGCUUGGUUGGUCUAUUGGCCCCCAGAACCUGAUUAAGCAUUUGCAAGUUGUUCACCAAAAUAUGCUGUAUACUUGCCCAACUCCAUUACAGGAAGCUUUGGCACAAGCGUUUUGGAUAGACUAUAAACGCAUGGAUGACCCAGACUGCUAUUUUUACUCACUGUCUCGAGAGCUGGAAAGCAAGCGUGAUCGGAUGGCUCAGCUACUUCAAGACGCUGGACUAAAGCCUGUUGUUCCAGAUGGAGGAUACUUUAUGAUUGUUGAUGUUUCUACAUUGAAUGUGGAUCUCUCUGAUGUAGAUGAGAAACAACCUUAUGAUUAUAAAUUUAUCAAAUGGAUGAUAAAGUCUAAGAAGCUCUCAGCAAUUCCUCUUUCAGCAUUCUGUGGUCCCGAAACAAAAAGGCAGUUUGAAAAAUACAUACGGUUUUGCUUCAUUAAGAAAGACAGCACACUGGAUGCAGCUGAAGUGAUCCUGAAGAACUGGAAUAAACAGCCAGCCUGAUUUUUCUCACUAACUCUUCUAUCUGGUAUAAUUAUCUAAUAGUAGGGGUUUUAUUACAAAUUUAAAAUCAAAUGACUUAAUACAGUACAGAAUUACUAUGACAUUGUAAAUAACUUUGUGCUGCCACCUGCUGAGAAGUUAAUGAUUUACUGAAAUGUGUGAUGCAGCCAGAGGUUGAUUUCAGUCUUUUCAAAAGAAUUUACUUCUUUCCUGAAUAGAAAAUCUAUGCAAAUCACUUUUUCUGCAAAUUUUUGUCUUUUGGUAAGACUCUGUGUAGAAUAAAUAGAUGAUACAGGUAUUUUAAAACUUAAUAGAGAAAAAGUGGGAGGUGUUUUUGGUAUUAGAUAGUAUAGGAACUAGGGUUGAGACUUAAAAAUAGUAGUUUUGAAACCCAAUAGCCUGCAGUGGACAGAAAUUAAGAUCUGGCUCAUAUUAGAUAAUUGCAGUGACUUUCUACAUACCCAUCUACCUACCUUGUCCAUGCACAAAUUGCCUCAGUUUAAAUAAAGUGAUAGAGUUAAAUCAAUACAGUGUUUAUACUAUAAACAAGAUUGGAAAGGGCUAAGCUGCAUAAUUACUAUUUCAUUUUCCCACAAUAGUCAUAUGUGCUGUUCUGAAAGCAUUCAGUCCUUAAUGAAUUUAUAAAAGUGGCAUCCAGAAUAGGAAUUCUGUUCACAAAUGUCUACCUAUUUAUUUAAUUAUUACAUGGAUAAAUCUACGCAGCAAAACAGAAGGCUUUUUGUCAUCCUUUUUCUUACAAUGUUCACAACAUUGGUGACUUCACUUAUGUAAAACUCUCUAGAUCUAGGGGGACCAUCGAGAUGGGCUUAAUACUGUGCUAUGGAGCUCAGCUAACUUUGUUUCAAGCUCAGUUGAUAAAGGACUGUUUCAAGAGAGAUCAAUAUGGAGAAUUCCUUUCUAGUUGCAUCCUUUUCCAGUUCUCUCUGAUCUUUUAAUGUGUGGAAGCAGAAGCAAUCCAGGUAGGUAACCUUUUAAGGCUGCUUGCAUUGCUCUCUGUGUUGUUUCUAUACUCUUCCCACAGGCCUUAUGGUGGAAAGCCUCAACAAAUGCAAUAACUAGUUCUGCAGAUAUUUGACUCAUUCUGUAAUCACACAGCUGGAAUCUUGACUGAAUUCCAUCAGACUGUGACCAUGGCCUGAAAAAAAAAGUAUAGAGACUGGAUUGUGAGAACAGCUGCCAGGCUUUUUCAUUAGUGCUUCUUGCUCUUGGGCUUUUGGAAGUCCAGUAGCUUGGAAUUCUGUAGUUCUGUAGCUGUUUUGCACUGCCAUUCCCCAAAUGUCACCAGAGGAUGAUUGGCUGGUAUUGUUAAGGUGAUGUGUAGUCUUUGUGUAGAAGAAUCAUCAAUUUAGUAAUUAAAAUGACUUAAUUGAAAUGUCAGCAUGAAUUUCAUGUGGAAAUUCCUACAUUAAAUUCCUGCAGGAACUAUUUUAUUUUAAGAUACAAAAUUUCUGUGAAAUCUGAACUCUCUUUUACAAUCCAUUUCUGUAAGUUGCACUGGGGAGCUGUGCUGCUGCAGGAACCAAGAGGGCAAUGCAACAGCCUGUUGAGCUGCAUGAGAAGCUGGAAAAGGAAAAUGCUGCUUUAGUUGAGAAAUUGUUAUGAAAAUAAGCCAAUUUUUCUAGCAUAAAAACACAGGCUGCUGUGAGCUGUUUGUAUGAUUAUUCAAAUAAAAAAUUUCUCACUUCUUAAGCUUCUGAAAUGACACGAAAGAAUAAAAUCUUUUCAUUUUG